CAGUUAUCAAGCGAAGUCAGUGUGGAAGAACUUUUUACUAGUCUAGGGUAUUUGAAGCAACAAGCAGAGGAGAGGUUUGGAAACUGGUGGAGUGCUGUUAUCGUUGGCGAUCGAGGAGGCUAUGGAAUGAGUGCCGUUUACGACAAAUAUAGGAACACAAGAGUAGAUACGACAAGGACUCAAGCAAUUGUCAUGCGUUUCUCCUUUGCUAAUACCCAUCUUGCACCUGUAUUAGUAUGGUUUAAAGUAUUUACGUAACU